ACUCCUUGUGAUAUUUUGCAUUAUCAACAUGUUAAAUUAUGUUGAUCGAGGAGCAAUAGCGAGUAAUGGUGUAAAUGGCAGUCGUCGCACUUGCACAGAAAGUGGAAUAUGCACUUCGGGUACCGGAAUUCAAGGAGAUUUUAACCUGAACAAUUUUGAGGAUGGUGUGCUGUCAUCAGCAUUCAUGGUCGGGCUACUAGUCGCUUCUCCAAUAUUUGCAACACUAGCAAAGAGUCAUAAUCCUUUUAGGCUUGUUGGCAUUGGACUGUUAAUUUGGACUAUUGCUGCAGCUGGUUGUGGUUGUUCAUUUGAUUUUUGGUCAAUCACAAUCUGCCGGAUGUUGGUAGGUGUGGGUGAGGCUUCUUUUAUAAGUCUUGCAGCUCCAUUUAUUGAUGACAAUGCCCCUGUUGCUCAGAAAACAGCAUGGCUUGGAAUCUUCUACAUGUGUAUACCAACUGGAAUUGCGGUUGGUUAUGUAUAUGGUGGUCUGGUCAAAUAGUUCCAAGAAGAUUCUAGUUCAGCUUGCAAGAUUUUGGAAAGAUAUGAAAGUACUUUUGCUGGAAAAGGUCUAUGUCAUAAAUGUUCUAGGUUAUAUUGCAUACAAUUUUGUCAUAGGAGCUUAUUCAUAUUGGGGGCCCAAGGCUGGUUAUGAUAUCUACCAUAUGAGCAAUGCAGAUUUGACAUUUGGAGGGAUCACAAUAAUCUGUGGAAUCUUUGGAACUUUAGGCGGUGGUUAUGUUCUUGAUUGGAUGAAUUCUACAAUCUCAAAUGCUUUCAAGCUUCUUUCUGGAGCAACUUUUUUGGGGGCUGCAUUUUGUUUCGGUGCUUUCUGCUUCAAAAGCCUCUACGGUUUCCUAGCAUUCUUUUCAGUUGGGGAACUUCUAGUCUUCGCAACACAGGGUCCAGUAAAUUAUGUAUGUCUUCACUGUGUUAAACCUAGCUUGAGACCGCUAUCAAUGGCUAUGUCCACCGUUUCUAUCCACAUAUUUGGUGACGUACCAUCUUCACCCUUGGUUGGGCUGUUACAGGAUUAUGUCAAGAACUGGAGAGAAACUGCUCUUAUACUAACAUCUGUUCUUUUCAUUGCAGCUAUAAUAUGGUGUAUAGGUAUCUUUCUUCACAGUGUGGACAGGUUUAACGAAGAAAGUGAGCAUGGCAUUCCUCCUGUUGAGAGAUCGAACCGUAGGCCAUUGCUUGAUGGGAAUAAUGAGACAUUGGAAGAAACUGCCUAGUACUUUGCAAACUGGGCCACUGAUGUUUUAAGAUUUGUCCAGUUGUAGAUCUGUACCGAGCGAUGCGACGGUGCCAUGGAGGCAUCUACAUGAUUUUCUAGAAGGGAGGACCACUCAGAAUUUUAAAUUCGCUCUGGUUCUGGCUGUGUAAAUGUAUAUAGCUGAAUCUUUGGCUUCUGAGAUUUGGAAUCACGUCUAAUUAUACAGGAACAUAAAUCCCACCCUCCUUUCUUCAGGGCAAUGAAUGUAUAAAUUUGAAGGAGACCUGCAAUUGGAAACAUGAAUUUUAUUUCUAUUUGAGGAUUAUAUUUUCUGAUGCA